GAGGGGAGGGAUUCACAUCCAAUUUGUUGCAAGGAGGGAGAUGGAAGAGAGAAAAACUGCAUAUCCCUUUUUCCUCAGAGAGCUUUUGGGUUUGUGUGCUAAUACUGAAAUCGAAGAGGAGGGAGGAGAAAGCUGCUGAGGAUGGAGAGAAAAAAGCGAGAGGAGGUGGAGCUUGUACUGUGAGUUCAGGAAAUAAAACCCCAAGCUGAAGCCAAAGGCUUUCACACGUGAAGAAGCCACUCUUCUGUAGCUAAGCAGACAGAGAUGGAGAACUCUAGGCUAUAAGACAGAGACAGAGAAAAUAACAAGGACAGGAAGAAAAGAGACUAGCAAAUAAGAAUAAAUGAGAACAUUGGGAAAAAUCUGAAGGCUGGAGAAGGGGAGGAGAGGGGAGGAGAAAGGAAAACCCACACCCUGAGGAACAAAAUCUAGAGCAAACCGGCUGGGUCUGCAGUUUGUUUUUCUGAAAGAGAAGAAGGCACCUGAGGAUUGUCUUAUUUCUUUUCUUUUUUCCCCGAGACUCUGUCAAUGAAAAAAAAUACUCUUACCCUCUUAGCUGGAGGAAAAAGGGAGGGGCAGGAGGGGAAGCGGCGCUGAGCUAAAACUCAAUUUGGGUUUUGGUCAGCGGAGAGAGCUGAAGUGAAAUCUCAACUGUCUUUUUUGGUGCAUCUGAAUGAAGCAGCUGCCGGUGUAAACUGAGGAGAACUCAGCCCUGGUUCUAGAGCUCCGCAUCCCCUCACUUCUGUGAUUUCUAGAGGGAGUAGCUGGUACAGUUCUAUUUUUGUACACAUGUCUAUUUCUCCUUUUUAAGUCACUUUCUUUGGUGGUAACCUAGAACAGAGAAAGUGUCUUAAUUAUAGUCAUAGCAAUUUUAGGUUUUCUUUUUUUGUAUGUGCCUUUUUUAAAGGGCCAGGAGGAAGGGUCAUUUUAGGGAAAGGACAUUUCUUAUUUGCAAGGCUAAGGAAGAUAUACAGACAUAUUGAUAUAGGCAGAGGAAGGAAAUUUCAGUGGUUGAUUUCAUUCCGAUAAACGAUGGAAGAAAAGGCCAGGCACCGAAACAACGCUGAAAAGAGCCCCACAAGCGGGAGCGAAUCUGAUUCUGGCCCAGAUGCCGGUUCUGAAGGGGGUGGAGUAGCGCUGAAGAAAGAGAUUGGGUUGGUCAGCGCUUGCGGCAUCAUUGUAGGAAACAUCAUUGGCUCAGGAAUUUUUGUCUCACCAAAGGGUGUUCUGGAGAAUGCUGGCUCUGUAGGCCUUGCUCUGAUUGUAUGGAUUGUAACAGGGAUCAUCACAGCCGUGGGUGCAUUGUGCUAUGCUGAACUUGGAGUUACUAUCCCUAAAUCUGGGGGUGACUACUCUUAUGUCAAGGACAUCUUUGGAGGACUGGCUGGGUUCCUAAGGCUUUGGAUUGCUGUGCUAGUAAUCUACCCCACCAACCAGGCUGUCAUUGCUCUCACCUUCUCCAAUUAUGUGCUGCAGCCUCUCUUUCCCACCUGUUUUCCUCCAGAGUCUGGACUUCGACUCCUGGCUGCAGUCUGUUUAUUGCUUCUCACAUGGGUCAACUGUGCAAGUGUUCGAUGGGCCACCCGAGUACAGGACAUCUUCACCGCUGGAAAGCUCUUGGCCCUGGGCCUGAUUAUCGUCAUGGGGGUUGUCCAGAUCUGCAAAGGACACUACUUCUGGCUGGAACCCAAACAUGCGUUUGAGUAUUUCCGAAAGCCAGACAUCGGCCUCAUCGCGCUAGCUUUCCUUCAGGGCUCCUUUGCCUAUGGAGGCUGGAACUUUCUUAAUUAUGUGACGGAAGAACUGGUCAAUCCCUACAGGAACCUUCCUCGAGCUAUUUUCAUCUCCAUCCCACUGGUCACGUUUGUCUAUGUCUUUGCCAACAUCGCUUAUGUCACUGCAAUGUCCCCCCAGGAGCUACUGGCCUCCAAUGCCGUCGCCGUGACCUUUGGGGAGAAGCUUCUAGGGGUCAUGGCCUGGAUCAUGCCCAUUUCCGUCGCUCUGUCUACAUUUGGUGGAGUCAAUGGAUCUCUUUUUACAUCCUCUAGAUUAUUCUUUGCUGGAGCCCGGGAGGGCCACCUGCCCAGCAUGCUGGCGAUGAUCCACAUAAAGCGUUGCACUCCGAUCCCUGCACUCCUCUUCACAUGUCUCUCCACCCUGUUGAUGCUGGUGACCAGUGACAUAUAUACACUCAUCAACUACGUAGGCUUCAUCAAUUACUUGUUCUAUGGUGUCACAAUUGCUGGGCAAAUCGUCCUGCGUUGGAAGCAGCCUAAUAUUAACCGACCUAUCAAGAUAAGCCUGCUGUUCCCUAUUAUCUACCUGCUAUUCUGGGCCUUCCUGUUGAUCUUCAGUCUGUGGUCGGAGCCUGUGGUGUGUGGGAUUGGCCUGGCUAUCAUGAUGACAGGUGUUCCUGUCUACUUUCUCGGGGUGUACUGGCAGCACAAACCCCAGUGUUUCAAUGACUUCAUAGCUUCCCUGACCUCAGUGAGCCAGAAGUUGUGUGUGGUCGUAUAUCCUCAGAUGGAUGAGAGCCCAUCGAGAGAGGAGGAAUCGACCGAUGAAGUGAAAGAGCAGCGGCGGCCCAUGUACAAAUCCUCUGCCCCCAGCGGGCAGGAGUCCGCAGACUCGCCCCACCCCUGAUUCUGACCAGCUCUUCUCCGAGCUUCUUUGGCCUUUUAUCCCCCUUUCCAACCCUGUCCAUUCCCCUCCUUCACUCAGCCUCCUUCUUCUCCCUCACCCCAAAACUGUUCUCAGGCAGGAGCAGUCAGAGAGGUAAGAAAGGGAAAUGAUAAAUCAAGACACUGUAUUUUGUACCCAAAGAACCAGCCACAGGCCAUUAGGGUCUGAGUAGGAAUACCACACACAAGUGCUGUCCCGAGGAAGGGGAAUCCCUACUCGGAGCCUCUUAUGAGAAAGAAAAUCUAGCCAAGGGCCCCCUCCUCUACACGGACCCCAACCAUUUAGGAGUGAAAGCCUUCCAGGGAUAUCAUCCUUAGGAAAUCCUAGUGCCAACAAGCAUGUGAAAACCUAGAAGUAGCAUCCUCAGGAAUCUAACCAGGUUUGGUACUGCCCUCUUUUUUUCCCUUUCUGAGCCCAAGGAACAGAGGCCAGAGUUGGGGAAAGAGGUACAAAUUGGACAUGGAAACCAGAGGCCUCUAAGGGAAGGGGAACUGAUGGCUGCAACAGCUUAUAAGCCUGUUGCAGACUGCAGGAGUCUCAGAAAAGGAAGGAGACAGGUGUUUCACCACCACCACCCCCAACUUGCACUUGUCUUACUCUUGACUCCUUACCAGAUGUGCAAAUUCCCUAUAGGCUUGAGGACCAACAAAGAAUGAUCACUGCCUCUUCUUUCCUACCUCUCCCCCUACCACACACACACAUACACACAAGCCUGUAGAACAGAUUUGGAAAGACCCAGAUGAUAGCAACUGUACCAUUUCUGUAUCCUGCCCCAGCUGAGUGCCAAAGCUUUCUAAGGCCAGAGAAGCUUGUUUCCUGGUUGGUUUACCAGAGGUGGCUGUUUCUUUCCCAGGAACAGGGUUUCACAGCUCCUCUCUCCUCCCUGGAGCUGUCCUUAGUGGGAAGGAGACAUCCAGUAAUUAUCACUGGCAUAUACCCUUUGUCCCCCUCCUCCCACCUUGAUCCCUUUGACUCUAACUCUCAGUGCUGCCAGUUUUGCAGAAUUAUAGUAUCUCUUUCUUCCCUGGGUAGGGCCUCUCCCUAGAGGGAGACAAGUCCCCGGCUUGGAUUCAGGGUUGGGCCAACUUUUUCUAUCAUCAUCCACACCAGGAUCAGGACAUGAAUCUUUCCAUUUUUCUCUUAGGGCAGCCUUCCCUUCUUGCUGGAGCUACCCACUUCUCACGGGGGAGCUCUUUCUACAGCCUCUGAUACUCAGCCUGAGAGGAAGGGCUUGAGGAGGAAUGUGUCCCUGAGGCCAGUGCACACAUCUUAUCUCUCUCCUAUUGCCCCAAAGCACCUACUUUCUUUCCAAGCUAUCCUCUUGACCCCCUUCCCCAGAAAACACUCCAGUCCAAACAGUACCUCCCUCCCUCCCUCCCUCCCUUCAGGACUGAUUUCCAAAGAUAGGACAAACCACUAAUAUAAAGACUAAAGAGGCCAUGUAUGAGGGGAGAUGGAAGGCAGAUUCUCAAAACCUCUCUAGAUUUCAGAAAAGUCCAUCUACUGACUGUACCUCCUUUCUCCUCCCUUACUAGGGAAGAUGAGUGCCUCUAGCUGGCUACCCAAGGCAAUGGAGAUUAAGUCCUUCACUGUGUCUUAGGACAGAUAGUGUAUGUCUUUUAGUUGAUUUUUCCAUGUGUUUCUUAGAAAUGCAAUGUUUGUCCUUUGUAACAAGGCUAAUUUUUAACCUCUCCAACCAUGCCUGAAGGGUUAUAAAGAUGGAGGGUCUGUGGGUAUUGGAUCUCCACAGCUUUCUGAGAUCUGUUCAUUUCUUCCUUGCUCUCCAGCUUUUCUCACUUACCAGCCAUCCCCACAGAGAUCUGGAGCUAGGGCAUCUUCUAUCUCCCAAUAACCCUUCUUCAAUCUCCCCAGUUCCCCUGGGAUUCCAGGAACAGCUCCAUUUCCUUCCCUCCCCCUUUUAACACCUAGCCUGGGGUAGGUUCCCUUCUCUACUCCAUUAUCCCAUGUGAUUAAGUAAGCAAGGCUCAGGUUUUGAUAAGAGCAAGUAGCCAAGGUGCAGGGGAGGGGAGUCAACCCCCCCUCCUAUUGACCCCCCUCUUUCUCAUCUCCCUCAACCUCUUCCUCUACUUGUAUUAUCGUUUUUUGUAAAGUGGAUGCCUUACUUUUUGGAUAAAUAUUUUUGAAGCUGGCA